AUUUUACUUUGCUCCAUCGACCCGUUGCGAGCAGAUGGAAAUCGCAGCAGCGGCUGCUGACUCCGGUGCCGGCGAGCUGGACGUGGUGGUGUUCCCGUGGCUGGCGUUCGGGCGCAUGAUUCCGUACCUGGAGCUCUCCAAGCGCCUGGCUGCGAGGAGCAACGCCGUGACCUUUGUCUCCACGCCACGGAACCUCGCCCGGCUCCCGCCCGUGCCGGCGCACCUGUCCGCCCGCCUCCGUUUCGUGCCGCUGCCGCUGCCGGCCGUGGAGGGCCUGCCGGAGGAUGCUGAGUCAACGGCCGACGUGCUGCCCGACAAGAUGGGCCUCCUCAUGAAGGCCAUGGACGGCCUUGCCGACCCGCUCGCGGCUUUCCUAGCGGACGCCGUCGCCGCCGGGAGGAGGCCGGACUGGAUCAUCCUCGACUUCUGCCACCACUGGGUGCUGCCCAUCGCCGACCAGCACAAGGUACCGUGUGCGCUGUUCCAAAUCCUCCAUGCUGCCAUUGCGGCCUUUUUGGGGCCGCGGUGGGCGAACGCCGCGCACCCGCGCACGGAGCCGGAGGAUUUCACCGUGCCGCCCAAGUGGAUCCCCUUCCCGUGCACCACCUUCUUCCUCCGCCACGAGGCUCAGUGGGUUGCCGGCGCCUUCCACGCCAACGCAUCUGGCGUGUCCGACAUGGACCGUCUAUGGCACAUCUGGGAGCGUUGUCGCCUCACCAUCCACCGCAGCUGUGAAGAACUGGAGCCCCAGAUCUUCAGCCUCCUCUCCGAUCUCUUCCGAAAGCCCGCCAUCCCUGCCGGGAUCCUGCUACCGGCGGUGCCCGACGACCGUGAUGAAGACCACCCACAAAACAGCUCAGGCGGUGUCAGCCGUCCCAAGGUCCUACGAUGGCUGGACGACCAGCCCCUCAAGUCUGUCAUCUACGUCGCGCUGGGCAGCGAGGCACCACUGACGCUAGAGAACAUCCAUGAGCUCGCGCUCGGGAUAGAGCUCGCCGGUGUGCGCUUCCUUUGGGCUCUACGGAAGCCGGCUGGCACCGGCAACGACGAAGAGUUGUUGCCAGCCGGGUUCGAGGAGCGAACCCGGUUGCGCGGGCCGGUCUGCACAGGGUGGGUGCCGCAAGUGACGGCGCUUGCGCACGGCGCCACGGGUGCAUUCCUGACGCACUGCGGGUGGGGCUCCACCAUUGAGAGCUUCGCCUUCGGGCUCCCGCUGGUUAUGCUCCCGUUCAUUAUUGACACGCCCAUGAUUGCACGGGCGAUGGCGAAGAGAGGGAUAGGUGUGGAGGUGGCGAGGGACGAGAGCGAUGGCUCGUUCGACAGGGAUGGCGUCGCAGUGGCCGUGCGACGUGUCAUGGUGGAGGAUGAAGGAAAGGUGUUUGCAACCAACGCCAAGAAGCUGAAGGAUCUUGUCGUGGACCAGGGGCGUCAGGAACAAUACAUCCACGAGCUCGAGGACCACUACCAGAAAAACUUCGUUUGCCGACGGCCAAGGGCAGGCCGUAGGCGUAGAAAAGCCGUCGGCAUAAAUACAUAUAUGCCGAUGGGGCCGUCGGCAUAUACGAGGCCGUCGGGACCGCUCGAGGUACGCCUACGGGGCCCGUCGGCAUAGGAGCGGCCGUCGGCAUAGCCCUUGCCGUCAGCGCUGACCGUUUGACGACGUUGAGCCUACGCCGAUGGGUGGUAACGGCGGCCGUCGGCAUACCCGUGCCAGCCCUAUGCCGACGGCUAUGCCGUCGACAUAGACCUGGCCCAUACCCCUCUGCCAUGUCAUCGAUCUGUGUGCUAUGCCACGUCAUCGAUCCGUGGGACUGCACCUCCGUGUGUGCACAGAUAUGCCGACGGCCUAGCCGUCGGCAUACAUUUUUUUAGUUUUAUUUUAAAUUUCGCUUUAUACUACCUAUAGCAAAUAUAUGCCUACGGUAUAGCCGUCGG